AGAAAUUUCAUCAUUUUUUAAAGACUUUAUUUCGGAUCAAGCCAUAUAAAAGCAGUGGACGAGAGGAAGCAAAUAACAAACGAUUGAAACUCAUUAGAAAUUUAAAAUGAAUUUGGAUGACCUACGGCGCUUGAGAAUUGCAGAUCAUGUCGAUAUAGUGGGCGUAGUUUUAGCCAGUGUAAUUGUGAUAAUAUCUUUGUACAAAUUGUUUGGUCCUCGUCGGUAUAAGCUUCCUCCGGGACCAUGGGGCUUACCUUUCGUAGGAUAUAUCCCUUUUCUUUCUAAGGACCCACACAAAGUUUUCACAAAGUUGGCUGAAAAAUAUGGAAAUAUAUUCAGUGUAAAUCUUGGAGGAGGUGUCAACAUAGUUCUCAAUGAUUUUGAAUCAGUGAAGGAAGCAUUUAACAACCCUGACAUUUUGGAUAGACCGCCGCACAUAUUCGAUUUUAUGCCCAAUGGCCUCGGAUUCGCUGGUCACAACGGAGCGGAAUGGAUCGAACAGCGAAGAUUUGCAAUGAAAACCUUAAAGGAUAUUGGAAUAGGCAGAAUUGCUUGGGAAAGUAAAGUAGAAACUGAGGUGGAGGAUUUCGUGCUACUUCUGGAGCAACAGGGUGGCAAACCUUACGAUGUUUACAACAUCCUCUCCACCAGCGUCUCCAACAACAUCACCAGCAUCAUCCUGGGCAAGCCCCUCCUGAGAGGAGACCCGAGAAGAGCCAUCGUAGACGGGGGAAUCGAGGGCGCCAUUAUGAGUUUCGGCAGCAACAACCUCGCCUCUUUCUUCCCUUUCCUCAUGCAGUUCCUCGCCAAGUUGGGCCUGACGUCGCAAGCCAAAACUUUCAAGAAAGUUUCAGAUUUCCACGAAUUCAUCAAAAGUGAGAUGGAACGACGUAAAAGUAUUCCCUCAGACGAAUGGAACGAAGAAAUUUUCAUUGACGGAUACUUGAAGGAAAUUCAAAAGACCAAAGAAAAAACAGGAGUGAAAACUUGGUUCAAUGAAAAUAACCUGACUGGCAGCUCUCAAGCGUUAUUAAUUGGCGGAAGCGACACCUCGCGGACGUUCCUUUGCUGGAUCUUCCUGGCCAUGGCCAUCUACCCCGAUGUGCAAAAGAAGGUCCAGAAAGAAAUCGAAGCUGUUUUGGGAAAAGAUGGGAAACUGAAAUGGUCGGAGCGAGCUAAGAUACCUUAUACAUAUGGCACCAUUCUGGAAACUCACAGAUGGAGAACCAUUACACCUGUGGGAGUACCACACUGUGCAAGCCAGGAUACGAAAAUUGGAGGAUACGAUGUUCCCAAAGGAUCAGGUGUUCUUCCUAACAUCUAUGCUCUUCACAAUGAUCCUAAAUACUGGAAAGAUCCUGAGAGAUUCAUGCCAGAGAGAUUCUUGGACAAGAACGGCUGCCUAAUCAUGACUAGACUCGAUAGCUUUGCGCCCUUUUCGCUUGGUAGGCGAAUCUGUCCCGGUGAGAUGGUAGCGAUGAUGGAAAUAUUCCACUACUUCACCGUCAUCAUGCAGAGAUUCGACAUUCGGCCUCUGAGUGACUCUCCGCCGAAUGCCGAUGAAGGAAUCAAUGGAGCCACCUUCCAACCCAUUCCACAGAAACUGAGAUACAUUCCGAGAGCGUGAUAGGAUAUUCUCAAAACACUACAAAAUUUCAAUCGUUUUAGAAUGUAUCGAGGACUUCAAACUUUUCAUCGUUUCAAUAAGUUUACAAGAGAAAUGAUUCAUGAACUAUUUAUAAGAUAAAAAAUAUUGUGUAAAGCCUCCUCUAAAAAGUGAAAAUAAUUUUGAUGAUUCAUGUAAAUAAAUUUGUUUCAAGUUAUAAA